AUGGGUGUUGGUAAAGGUAAACCCUCAAGUGAACUUGUAAAUGCGAAGAACCAAAGCGUUCAUAAAAAUGAAUCUGGCAGUGAAGCUGAUGAAAAUUUAUCAUCUGACAAUGUUCUUCCGAAAUUCUUACCACGACAUAUGGCUCCGGAUGUGAACGUCCCAGCUAGAAAACAACUGUUAUGUGCAAAAUCACUGCCAGCCAAUAGCAGUAUAAAAGUAUGUAGUGGAACAAUCGGCAUUUGUCUAGGAGAUCUAACCAAACAAGCGGUGGAUGCAAUAGUCGUUGCAUCAACAUCAGACGCCCUAAGGAAAAAUGUUUUGCAAGAAGCUGGAUCAGCAGUCUCAACGCAAUAUGAUUCAGGAGAAUCCUCAAAAACACAAAAAUCUAUUCAAACUAACGGUGGAAAUUUAUCGUGCAGGCGUAUUUAUUUUAUUCCAUGUGAGAAUUUGUCUAAAACAGCGGAUAAAUGGGUAUUUCGCAAAUUUGUUUCUGAAGCGAUUGCCAUGGCAAUUAAUGAUCAAAUAAAUAAUAUUAAAUCUAUUGCAUUUCCUGCCAUUGGUUGUGGAUUAUUAGAUUGUGAUGUCAAUUUUGUUGCUAAAACAUUAAUUGCGGCUGUUGCAUAUGAACUUAGGCGUCAAGCUUCGUUACAGUUGUUUGUCUAUUUUAUCAUUCAACAAGAUCGACAGAAUGUUUUUGAGGCUUUUCAAAAUCAAUUACAGACAGAGAAACCAAGGGCAGCAGCACAUGUUCGUGAUGUAGCUCCAAAGAUUGUAGCACCACCGAAUCGGAAACCCCAUCCUUCAGAUUCAAAUCCCUUUGAGGUAAAAAAAAUUUUACUACAUCCUGCGACUAAAGAAUAUGAGGAUGUUGUCGAACGCUUUCAAUUGACUAUGACAUCGACAUUUUAUAAAGAAAUCGUUCGCAUUGAACAUAUCUGGAACAGACGUUGGUACCAACAAUAUAGAAUACAUCAUGGAGAGUUUCACAAAAGACUGAGUAAUGAUACAGAAACAUGGUUAUUCCACGGAUGCUCUGAAACUGCGGCGAAUAAUAUUAUAAAAGAGUGUUUCAAUCGCAGUUAUGCUGGUAUACACGGCACAUCAUAUGGCAAGGGAGUCUAUUUUUCUGCAAAUGCGAGUUACAGCCAUACCUAUGCCACUCCCAAUUCUAAAGGAGAACGACGCAUGUUUUUGGUUCAAGUACUUGUGGGCAAAACAAUUGAAGGAAAUGCUUCAAUGAAAACAUGCCCACCAGGCUUCGAUACAACGACAAAUGGUUCUCACAUAUAUGUCACUUAUCAUGACAGUCAAGCAUUUGGAAAAUACUUAAUCACAUAUAAAUAG